AUGUCUAUGUUGGAACAAGAUAAAUCGCAUCACUUCUCUUCACCAUCUAUCAAGGGUUUCCAGGGAGACCCACUUGAUGAAGAUGAUUGCUUGAAGGCGCUGAGGGCGGGGGUGGAGGUGUGUGGAGGAGGGGGAAGGCGGCGGCGAGGCGUCACGGCGGCCAUAAAAAGGCCGGGCGCGGCUGAGCGGCGCAGUCGUGUCGCUCGCAGCCACAGCGGCGGGAGAAGCGGUGGUGGGGACGGCAGCAGCGGGACAGCAGUGACGGGCAUGGGGACGGCCCUGGCGGUGCGGCUCGGCUUGGGGCUCCUGCUCCUGGCGCUCCUCCUACCCACGCAGAUCUACUGCAAUCCCAAUGGAACAAGUCCAACACCUUCAAACAAUUCUUCAGCAGCUUCCACUUUGUCAGCUGUCGUAAAUUCACUGAACAGUACCACCCCUCAUGGACAUGGAAAUUGCCUUCACUCUGCCACAAGCCUCCUUUUCAUUCUCUCAGUUUCUCUUCUGUAUUUUUGCUGUUAAGAGACUCUGGCAGGGAAAUGGCUACCACUCCCCACUCAGUUUCCUGAACCAUCUGAGAUGGCUAGAUCUUCAACCCAGCAUGAAAAUGAAUCAGUCCAAACUCUGCAUCAAACCGGCUUGGUUCCACUCCAUACUGUAAUUAGUACCAGUCUGACCUAGAGAAUCACCUGCUGCUCUCACUUUCCAGAGCUGACCCAAUAUGAAAAGGAUGUGACCAACUUCAGCACGGAGGUAAAAAAAAAAAAAAAAAGGCGCUCUCACCAAAUGAGUUUGAAUUUGAAGUACAAGAUAGAAGCAAAAAGACGGUAUUGACAACUCCCGACUUAAAGCUGAGAAGAAAUGCAGUGUCCUUGUAAUAGUGUUGGAUGAUAACACUUCAAGGCAGAAAGCUAGAGACUUUAUCUACCACUUAGAAUGACAACUUGAAGAGAUUUUAUCUUCCUUUUAAGUUCAUUAAAGUCAGUAGCUCAUAGAAAUGCUAGAAAACACAGAGAAGCUCAAAUGGUUCUGUUCCUUUCGCAGCCUGUAUAGUUAUAAUCAAUGGGUAGUAAGAAGGUAUGCAAAAGACACAAAGUAACAGUGAGAAGGGUUUCUUCUAGAUUUAAUUUGUAUGAAAUUGCUAUGAGGUUAAAACAGAACACCAAAUUUUGCAAGAAUCCUUAUUUUUAUUUAAUUUUUGAGUUCUAACCAAGUGGCUAGUCAGGCAGGACUAGUUUUGAAAUGUUGAAAAUCAGUUUUCCUAAGAGUUGAGUUAUUUACCAUGGGGAUUUGGCUUUGACACUUCAUUUAAAUUGUUCAUAUAUUAAACCCUAUGUGCCAGAGUAAUGAGGUGUGGAAACAUUGGGAAAAGUACCAGGAGCUUUUUGUAAAUAAAGUUCAGACAAAAAAAAAAGUCAAGGGAUAACAAUCUCCUCUUUCCCCUAUUUUUCCUCCCAGUUCUACAAGUUGUGCAAGUCCUUUUUGCUCCUGGAACUUUCCUUAAUUAUGAAGGAUUUAUAGAACCUCUUAAGUAAUGUUUUAGUGCUGCUUUUUUUUUUUUUUUGGCACAAAGUAAAUAACUUACUGUUUGUUUUGAAGAGUUUUCAUUGUGAUGGUUUACUUUAAACAUGGGCUAAUAUUUGUGGUGGGGAGAAGGAACGGGGAGAGGAGAGAAAAACGCCAAAAAAUAAGACAUUAAAUGAUUAGGUGUUUGGAAUCUGAAGACUGGAGUCUUAACUUAAUCAAUUUAAAAAUGACCUUUGUAAAUACUUUUUAAAAACUUUCUGAGUCAAAUUUGCUACACUUGCACAGAUUGUUUCUGUAUCAUUCAACCCUUUAGAUAAUAGCAUCUGGUAGUUGAUCAAAGUAAGCUUUGUUAAGGAAGUUCAACUACCUUAACACCUGAUAAGGAAAGAAGUUGAUAUAACAGGAGCAUAUAUGAUCAUAUCACUCUGUAUAUAGAUAUCUAUCUCAAUAUAAGAUCAUGUCAAACAAAAGUGGCUCCCAAUUUUUUUUAAACCCACAUCUUCCAGUUACAUUACCACCAAUCCAGGUUAUCAGAUAUUAAUAGCAAACUAACACAAAUUCCUGUCAGUGAGUAUACAUGGCAUUUCCUUAUGCUUAUCAUUUGUAUUGAGUAAAAUGUUAAUGAUUGUAUUUUUGUGUUUGUGUAAUUAUGCUUUGAUUUAUUAGCUACUGAUUUUCAUUUUGGGGGGGGAAAAAACCUGUAAAUAAAACAGUGGACAGGCAAUGCAUUCUAGGUGCACUUCCAGACACGCCUACAAGAACUUGUAACUUGCCUGCGUUAAGUGAAUGAGCUGUUAAGCAAGACAGUGUAUGUGAUUAAAAACCUCAAGGUCUAGAAACACUGACGUGUGUUAGUUUUAUUUCUCUCUCUAAGGUUUAGUGAUUUUACAAGCCUGGAUUCUACUCUGAAAUCAGUGAGUGAGAUUUUGUUAAUAUUUCUAAUAAUGAGUAGCUUUUCUGUAUUCAUUCCAGCCUCUUCCCUUUCAAAGUAGUGUGCUUUCAUUUUAGGCGAACAGUGCUUAAACAGAGUUUUCCUUUGUUUCUUGUUGUGGCAGUGAGUUAUUUCCCUUAUAACAGCUAAAGCUGUUUUUCAGCUUGUGGUUAUCGAGCCCGUGAAUUAACUGCUUGAGGUUUCUGACUCACACACACUACAUGAAUAUAAUAGGAAUAUUCUAAGAAUACAAGUUUCACCAUGCUUAAUGAAGGACAGAGGCUAGAAGAAGCAGUAAUAUGUACGCUAUUUCACUGAAGAGCAAAAAAUAAACUGGAUCAGAACUCAAAAUACAGGUAUUUACAGCUCAUGAUAUUCCAGAGUUGUGGGUGUUUUUUUCAGUUAUGCUCCUUUCUAAUAACCCUCUGUUCUGCAUGAUCAUCUUUACUCCCUAGAUGUGGAGCAAUGCACUUAAAAAUGCCCAGCUACUUAGGCAAGCUGCACAACAAUCAGCAUUUUUUUUCAGUGGGAAAGAGGCCCCCAGAGAGGCCUCCCGAGGCUCAGGAGGGAAGGCAGAGCGGCAGCCCUUUGAUUGUGUUCCUUUACUUUUCCAGUAGGCUGAACAAACCCAAGAAGCAGAAGGGGUUUAUCAAAGCUUGCUGUUUGAGCAUAUCUUGGAAUCUGCGGGGACUAUCGGAGUGCAUUGUUCCCCUAUUUAGCUUCCCUCUCGAUGCUUCUAGAAGGAAGCAUGAAGAUAAAAUGUUAUAGCAACUGCUACCUGGCUGUGUAUCUUUUUGG